CCCUCUCGCAUCGUGGACAUCUUUUCAUCAUCGCACAAAUAACAAACCUUCCAACUCCGAUCGACUUAUCUCUCUCCUUCUCCGGCGAAAUCUCUAACCUCUCCGCCGCGAAAUCGCAGUUUCAGAGAAGUACCACACUAACGGAUCAAAUGGUGAUCCGCCAUUACUGAAGCUUCUAAUAUCCCUUUUAUAUCCCAAAGAACCAAGUCGGAUUUUAAGUAGCGCUUUAUGCGGUAGUUCGUUUAGGUGAAGAAGAAUGACAACAGGGUCUAAUUCUAAUCACAACAACCAUGAGGAUGGUUCUGGUAAAAGCAACAGCAAUAAUAAUAAUAACCCUAGUACGAGGUCUUGGGGCACGGCGGUUUCUGGUCAAUCUGUGUCUACUAGCGGAAGUAUGGGAUCUCCGUCGAGCCGGAGUGAGCUGGCAAUCACCGUCGCUACAUCUGCUAGCGACAGUACUUUUCUACGCCUGAACAAUUUGGACAUUCAAGGUGACGAUGCUGCCUCCCAAGGAGCUUCCGGUGGUAAGAAGAAGAAGAGGGGACAACGUGCGGCUGGGCCAGAUAAGAGUGGAAGAGGGCUACGGCAAUUUAGCAUGAAAGUUUGUGAAAAGGUGGAAAGCAAAGGAAGGACAACUUACAAUGAGGUUGCAGACGAGCUUGUUGCUGAAUUUGCACUCCCAAAUAACGAUGGAACAUCCCCAGAUCAGCAACAGUAUGAUGAGAAGAACAUAAGACGAAGAGUAUAUGAUGCUUUAAACGUCCUCAUGGCUAUGGAUAUAAUAUCCAAAGAUAAAAAAGAGAUUCAGUGGAGAGGUCUUCCUCGGACAAGCUUAAGUGACAUUGAAGAAUUAAAGACCGAACGACUCUCUCUUAGGAACAGGAUUGAGAAGAAAACUACAUAUUCCCAAGAACUGGAAGAACAAUACGUAGGCCUUCAGAAUCUGAUACAGAGAAAUGAGCACUUGUAUAGCUCAGGAAAUGCUCCCAGUGGCGGUGUUGCUCUUCCUUUUAUCCUUGUCCAGACUCGUCCUCAUGCAACAGUAGAAGUGGAAAUAUCAGAAGAUAUGCAGCUCGUGCAUUUUGAUUUCAACACCACACCAUUCGAGCUCCACGACGACAAUUUUGUCCUCAAGACUAUGCAGUUUUGCAAUCAACCGCCGCAACAACCAAACGGUCACAACAGCCAGAUAUUAGCGCUGGAAAACACUAACGAAGUCCCCAGCGCUGGUCCAACGACGCAGCCGGAUAUGUACCAGUCUCAUCUUCAACCGCAACAACAUCAGCUACAAAUCAUUCCUACGCCUGUGACUAACGAAGUUGCUUCAGCUACUGAUACUGAUCCAGUGGUAUUACCGUCUCACUCUCACCCAGAGAUAAUGAACUCCAUCGUGAAGCCGGAGAACUGAAACACGUAUGAAGGCCAUUGUACAAUUUCUGUAAAACUGUAAAGUAGUCUUGAAAAACUACCUGGUUUUUUUUGUAAUGAUUAGCCGGUUUAGCGGUAUAUUUGUACCGGUGUUCGGUAUUAGUAAUACCGAGUCUAAGAUUAUUUCUCGGGUUUAGCGAUUUUAACAAUCUUUGCCAUAGGAAAAAAAACAACUUUGUAUGGGAUCGUGUAGAAAUGAAUUUUCUUAACCGUUUG